UAUAAAUAACGUCACUUACCUCGAUACCCAACCCUAAUCCAAAGGUUUGCAUUGACGCCGCUCGUCUCUCGCCGCCGCGCUGAAGGAGCUGAUUCACAUCUGCCAUGGGGAAGGUGCACGGAUCUCUGGCUCGCGCCGGGAAGGUGAGGGGGCAAACCCCCAAAGUGGCGAAGCAGGACAAGAAGAAGAAGCCCAGGGGCAGGGCCUACAAGCGGAUGCAGUACAACCGCCGGUUCGUCACCGCAGUUGUUGGAUUCGGGAAGAAGAGAGGACCCAACUCUUCCGAGAAGUAGGGAGACAAAGGUUUUCAGGAGAGAAGCACUUGGAGCAUUUGAUGUUUUCGUAUUAAGCAUGUAGGGCUUAGGUUUCAGGACAAUGUACUGCUUAUUUAUGCGUGGUGAUGAUCCACGAAUUCAACUACUUUGGAUUGGAGUUGCUUUCUUGAUUUUGUCGCAUAAAGGAUAUAGGGUUUAGCUUUCAGUAUGUUGGACUAAUAUAUGCAUGGUGAUGAUCUAUUAAAUGUCUUUGAUGAUAUGCAUUUUCUUGGAAUUUAAUGCUAUCAGUGCUUUUGAAA